UAAAUAUUGCUCUAAUCUAGGCUGGUUGUCAAGUUAUCUGUUUUCCUGAUUUGGAAAUAGGUCGAAAUUACACAAUGUUUAAAUUAGUUGGAGAGUAUCUUGGAUACUUCUUCCCCUCCCCCCUUGGAUGAGGUCUUUAGAAGAGUAUUGAGAAACUUUAACAAACGUUGGGAGCAGCCAGCUUUAUAAAAGCUAGACGACUGUGGGACGAGCAUAAGUCUGUCUGAGAAUUAUGGCAAGAAUACAGAUUACUUUAAUUUGCCUCCUUCUCCCCUGUCUCUUUCAGGAUUCUUUAAGUAAACAUGUCCCUCAUGAAGGUGGCCACGCUUUGCAACCUCGCAUCCAGAGAGACAUAAAGAAUGUAGAUCUCCCUGUGGUCUUACAGGGGCCAAUAACUCAUGUAACGGAUGUAGACGCAAUCCUCAGGAAGCACAAUAUCACUCUACCAAAUGGCUACCUUGGUCAGUGCACUGUUGUGAACAGCUGUGAGGGUCUGAAAGAGCAACUGGAGGACACAAACAGACAAUUGCAGGAGAAAACCAGCCACACCAUUCAACUGGAACAAGAAGUGUUUAGACUGAAGAUCACAGUGAGACAGUUGAGAGUGAAGUCUGCAACCUGCGGUCUGGAAACAUCAGAUCACAUUGCCAAACUGCAAGCUCAGUUGGAGGAUAAGAUGAGUCAACUGGAACAGAUGUCGCAUGACAAUGGAAACCUGGUUCUGAGGAUCACAGCUCUUACCUAUGAAGUGAAUGAACUACAGAAGAAGAACACAUCCACCUCAACUUCCACCAAGAUCACUGACCUACUGAGCCAGCUGGAGGAAAAGAACAAACAAUUGCAGUUUAAAACAGAACAACUGGAAAGGAACAGUCGCAGCGCUCAACGUAUUCUUGAGAUUAUUGAACUGCAGACCCAGAUCUGGGAGUUAGAGAAAACAAAUCACAGUCAGGAGACUUUAACCCAAAUCACUGUUCUACAGAGACAACUGGAGGCCAAGAUCAAUGAACUGGAGGGCAACUCCGAAGGGAGUGAUGACUCCAAAAUAGUGGUGAUGAUGAUCACAUUGGAGAAUGAGGUUACAGAGCUACAGAAAAGGAUCUCGGAGCUCACUGAGGAAUCCAAAACUAAAAUGACUGAUCUACAGAGGCAACUGAAGGAGAUGAACCAGCAACUAAUUGACAAGAUAUUACAACUGCCUGACAACAACACUAACACUGAACUAACUGAGGAGAUUUUAGCGUUGCAGAAUGCAAUAAAUAACCUAUACAUACAAAUAUCAAACCUACAAAAGAAGACCAAUGCCCAACAUGCAGAGCUUCAGAAGAAUUUGAACAACAAGGAAAAACAACAAGAAGCUUGGAAGAAACAACUGAAGGGGGAGGACGAGACUAGUGUACAGCUGAUUAUGAAGAUAAUUUCUAUAAUGAGGGAACAGAGGGAUUUACAGAUACAAACAACACAGCAGAUGCAGACAACAGCAGCCCAGAUCACUGCACUUCUGCAACAAGUUCAGGACAAAGAGGACGAGAUUGACAGAGUUCAGGCUGAAAACAAAGACCUGCAGAAACAGCUGAAGGAGAAUAAUGCAACGUGUUUUAGUCUUGAGAACAAAUAUGACCGGGUGAGGGGUGAAUUAGAGGACAAGAUCAACUUACUUAACAGUCAAAAUUCAGGCAUCUCCAAACUAGUUCUAAGUAUCGUGGCUCUGAAUGAUGAAGUGAAGUGGCUGAGGACUCAAAUCAUUUCUCCAGAAGCCGCAGACAAGAUCGAUGAGCUGCAGAAGCAACUGGAGCAGAAGAACCGAGAAUUAAAAACGAAGAGCAACGAACUGCAGGAAAAAAGUUCAAACGGACAAAGGAUUCUGAGAAUAAUUGAGGUGCAGAAUUUGAUAUGGGAGUUCCAGAAAGGAGUGGCUACUCAGAGCAACAUUUACCAGAUUGCAGCGCUACAGAAAGAGCUGAAUGACCUGACUGCUGAAAUGGAGGACAAGGCCGAUGACGACUCAAAACUGGUUCUGACGAUAACCACAUUACAGAGUGAGGUGGUCAACCUACAGAGAAUGCUGUCAGCUCUCAGUCUGUCAACCGCAGCCCAGAUAGUUCGGCUGGAGAAGCAAUUGGAGGAUAAGAAGAAGCAGUUGGCCAAGCUGGUUGAGCAGAGUGGAAUGGGUCCAAAAAUGUCAAACCUUGAGAAUCAAAUAAGUGAAAUAGAAAAGAGAAUAGCAGAGCUAAAAGAAGAAAAUCCUGAAGCCAAGAUCAUUGAGCUGACAACACAGCUUAAGGAAAGCGAGAAGCAGCUUGAGGAGAACAUAAAAAGACUGAAGAAGAAAGACAGCAAUAAUUCUUACCUGAUUAUGCAAAUUCUUCAUCUACAAAGGAAACUCAGAGACAUACAAAAUGCUGCAUCUCAGCAAUUCAAUGAAAAUGCUGCUGAUGUUACUGCGCUUCAGGAACAACUAGAGGCCAGAGAGGAAGAGAGCGCCAGAUGUCAGGCCCAGAACAAAGACCUGGAGAAGAGGCUGGGCGAUAAGGAUGCACAGUGCUCUGGACUCCAGGACCGAUAUGACAGUCUGCAAGAUAAGCUUGGUUCUGCAAUGAAUAAACUGGACAAUGUAACUGGAUACAACGACAAACUCGUUCUUGAGGUAUGGACCCUGACUAAUGAGGUAGACGAUCUAAAGAAGAGAACUGUGACUUCUGCAGCUAAGAUCAAUGAGCUCCAAAAGUUGCUGGAUGAGAAGAUCAAAGAACUGGCAAAGAAAACACAGGAACUGGAGGAUAACGCUCCUCAACCAGAGAAUGUUCUAAGGAUCAUUGCAAUACAGAAUGAGAUCUUGAACCUGCAAAAAGGAGUUAGCAAUGGGACAAACUUUGACCAGAUUGCUGCACUUGAGAAUGAACUGGAUGCGUUGAUUGCCACAAUCGAGGAGAAGAACAAUGGCAACUGUAAACAGAUUCUUCAGAUCAUUGCACUCCAAAAUCAAGUGACAAGAUUGCAGAGGCAAGAGUUAGAGUUCAAUCAGUCAUCUGAGGCCAAGAUUGCUGAGCUAGAGAAUCAGCUACAGGAGACGAGAGACCAGCUGAAUGAAAAGAAAGACGAGCUGAAAGAAACUGACAGUAGAAUUCCACAACUCAUUGCAGAGAUCAUGGGACUUCGUAACAAACUGACAGAGUUAGAAAGAACAUUAUCAGAGCUCAAACAGACAAGUGCUGACAAGAUGGAAGAUCUACAGAGUCUACUGAAGCAGAAGAGCAAGCAGCUUGAAGAAAACACUACACAACUGAGGGCUGUAGAUGCCAAAAAUGCAGAACAGAUUCUGAAGAUCAUUGAACUACAGAAACAAAUGAAUGAGAUACAGAUUGAAGCUUCAAAAGGCAAAAAUGAAAUUGCAUCAGAAAUCUCUGCGCUUCAGGAACAACUAGAGGCCAGAGAGGAAGAGAGCGCCAGAUGUCAGGCCCAGAACAAAGACCUGGAGAAGAGGCUGGGCGAUAAGGAUGCACAGUGCUCUGGACUCCAGGACCGAUAUGACAGUCUGCAAGAUAAGCUUGGUUCUGCAAUGAAUAAACUGGACAAUGUAACUGGAUACAACGACAAACUCGUUCUUGAGGUAUGGACCCUGACUAAUGAGGUAGACGAUCUAAAGAAGAGAACUGUGACUUCUGCAGCUAAGAUCAAUGAGCUCCAAAAGUUGCUGGAUGAGAAGAUCAAAGAACUGGCAAAGAAAACACAGGAACUGGAGGAUAACGCUCCUCAACCAGAGAAUGUUCUAAGGAUCAUUGCAAUACAGAAUGAGAUCUUGAACCUGCAAAAAGGAGUUAGCAAUGGGACAAACUUUGACCAGAUUGCUGCACUUGAGAAUGAACUGGAUGCGUUGAUUGCCACAAUCGAGGAGAAGAACAAUGGCAACUGUAAACAGAUUCUUCAGAUCAUUGCACUCCAAAAUCAAGUGACAAGAUUGCAGAGGCAAGAGUUCGAGUUCAAUCAGUCAUCUGAGGCCAAGAUUGCUGAGCUAGAGAAUCAGCUACAGGAGACGAGAGACCAGCUGAAUGAAAAGAAAGACGAGCUGAAAGAAACUGACAGUAGAAUUCCACAACUCAUUGCAGAGAUCAUGGGACUUCGUAACAAACUGACAGAGUUAGAAAGAACAUUAUCAGAGCUCAAACAGACAAGUGCUGACAAGAUGGAAGAUCUACAGAGUCUACUGAAGCAGAAGAGCAAGCAGCUUGAAGAAAACACUACACAACUGAGGGCUGUAGAUGCCAAAAAUGCAGAACAGAUUCUGAAGAUCAUUGAACUACAGAAACAAAUGAAUGCGAUACAGAUUGAAGCUUCAAAAGGCAAAGAUGAAACUGCAUCAGAAAUCUAUGCGCUUCAGGAACAACUAGAGGCCAGAGAGGAAGAGAGCGCCAGAUGUCAGGCCCAGAACAAAGACCUGGAGAAGAGGCUGGGCGAUAAGGAUGCACAGUGCUCUGGACUCCAGGACCGAUAUGACAGUCUGCAAGAUGAGCUUGGUUCUGCAAUGAAUAAACUGGACAAUGUAACUGGAUACAACGACAAACUCGUUCUUGAGGUAUGGACCCUGACUAAUGAGGUAGACGAUCUAAAGAAGAGAACUGUGACUUCUGCAGCUAAGAUCAAUGAGCUCCAAAAGUUGCUGGAUGAGAAGAUCAAAGAACUGGCAAAGAAAACACAGGAACUGGAGGAUAACGCUCCUCAACCAGAGAAUGUUCUAAGGAUCAUUGCAAUACAGAAUGAGAUCUUGAACCUGCAAAAAGGAGUUAGCAAUGGGACAAACUUUGACCAGAUUGCUGCACUUGAGAAUGAACUGGAUGCGUUGAUUGCCACAAUCGAGGAGAAGAACAAUGGCAACUGUAAACAGAUUCUUCAGAUCAUUGCACUCCAAAAUCAAGUGACAAGAUUGCAGAGGCAAGAGUUAGAGUUCAAUCAGUCAUCUGAGGCCAAGAUUGCUGAGCUAGAGAAUCAGCUACAGGAGACGAGAGACCAGCUGAAUGAAAAGAAAGACGAGCUGAAAGAAACUGACAGUAGAAUUCCACAACUCAUUGCAGAGAUCAUGGGACUUCGUAACAAACUGACAGAGUUAGAAAGAACAUUAUCAGAGCUCAAACAGACAAGUGCUGACAAGAUGGAAGAUCUACAGAGUCUACUGAAGCAGAAGAGCAAGCAGCUUGAAGAAAACACUACACAACUGAGGGCUGUAGAUGCCAAAAAUGCAGAACAGAUUCUGAAGAUCAUUGAACUACAGAAACAAAUGAAUGAGAUACAGAUUGAAGCUUCAAAAGGCAAAAAUGAAAUUGCAUCAGAAAUCUCUGCGCUUCAGGAACAACUAGAGGCCAGAGAGGAAGAGAGCGCCAGAUGUCAGGCCCAGAACAAAGACCUGGAGAAGAGGCUGGGCGAUAAGGAUGCACAGUGCUCUGGACUCCAGGACCGAUAUGACAGUCUGCAAGAUAAGCUUGGUUCUGCAAUGAAUAAACUGGACAAUGUAACUGGAUACAACGACAAACUCGUUCUUGAGGUAUGGACCCUGACUAAUGAGGUAGACGAUCUAAAGAAGAGAACUGUGACUUCUGCAUCUAAGAUCAAUGAGCUCCAAAAGUUGCUGGAUGAGAAGAUCAAAGAACUGGCAAAGAAAACACAGGAACUGGAGGAUAACGCUCCUCAACCAGAGAAUGUUCUAAGGAUCAUUGCAAUACAGAAUGAGAUCUUGAACCUGCAAAAAGGAGUUAGCAAUGGGACAAACUUUGACCAGAUUGCUGCACUUGAGAAUGAACUGGAUGCGUUGAUUGCCACAAUCGAGGAGAAGAACAAUGGCAACUGUAAACAGAUUCUUCAGAUCAUUGCACUCCAAAAUCAAGUGACAAGAUUGCAGAGGCAAGAGUUCGAGUUCAAUCAGUCAUCUGAGGCCAAGAUUGCUGAGCUAGAGAAUCAGCUACAGGAGACGAGAGACCAGCUGAAUGAAAAGAAAGACGAGCUGAAAGAAACUGACAGUAGAAUUCCACAACUCAUUGCAGAGAUCAUGGGACUUCGUAACAAACUGACAGAGUUAGAAAGAACAUUAUCAGAGCUCAAACAGACAAGUGCUGACAAGAUGGAAGAUCUACAGAGUCUACUGAAGCAGAAGAGCAAGCAGCUUGAAGAAAACACUACACAACUGAGGGCUGUAGAUGCCAAAAAUGCAGAACAGAUUCUGAAGAUUAUUGAACUCCAGAAAGAAAUGAAAGCGAUACAAACGGAAGCUUCAAAAGCCAAAGAUAAAAGUGCAUCAGAAAUCUCUGAGAUACAGAAACAACUUAAGGCCAAGGAGAAGCUGAAUGCAAGACUAGACUCCAAAAACAGAGAGCUGGAGAAAUUUCAGAAGGAAAUCAAAAUGGAAUGUGAUGAAAUCCAGCACAGGUGCAAAGAGGUACAGCUUCAAAAUGAUCAAAACCAAGAGGACUUGCUUAAAAUGCAGCAGCAAUUGCAAGAGAAGGAGGCAGCCUUCAAUAGACUGCAGCAGCAACUGAGAGACAGCAAGGAUGACAAUGCCAGACUACAGGGGAGAAAUAAGGGUUUGCAAGAGGAGAAUGACAAACUCAAGAUGAAUUUACAAGAUCUUCUGGUAGAUCCAGAAACGAUUGUCCAUAGCACUAAGGUGGCCUUAGACCCGGACACAGCCCAUCCUAAAAUCAUUCUGUCAGCGGAUGAGACAGAAAUGUCUGUAGCACAACAGCGACAGAAUGUCCCCAACAAUCCAGGGCGUUAUGACUUGUCUCUUGCUGCUCUUGGAAAGACUGGGUUUAACAGGGGGAGAAAUUACUGGGAGGUUGAAGUGGCUGGGAAGACAUGUUACAACAUCGGAGUUGCCAGAGGAUCAGCUAAUAGGAAGGGGCAGCUGAAACUAAAACCAGCAGAAGGCUACUGGACCAUAAUCUUGACAAAACAAGGUGUGCUCAAAGCCCUUGCAGCUCGGCCACUUGAUAUUCAGCUGCAUGUGCUCCCCCAGAAGUUUGGAAUACUAUUAGACUACAAGAAGGGAGAGGUCUCUUUCUACAAUGCAGAUACCAGGUCUCUUCUCCAUACAUUCACAGGCAAUAGAUUCACGGAUAACCUAUAUCCAUUCUUCAACAACUGUCUGGAGACUAAUGAUGAGGAUGCUCCGAUUGUCUUAACUCGUGUUGGUUCAGUGUCAUGGAUACAGUAGAGAAUGCAUUUGACAUCAAAUGAAUUUCAGUAUAAAAUCACAUUGCUUUUCUUCACAAAGAAUAAUCUUUAAAAAAUUAAUUAUUUCUGUGGUAUUGAUUCAAGAUGACAUAAUUUCAAUUAUUCAACAAAUAAAAUAUUGCAACUGA